UUAUAUCGUUUUCCAAUAAUCAUCCUGACUUCAGCCACCCCUCCAGCUGAUGCAGUGAUGACUUUCCUCAGGUCGGGUAAUGGAAGAGGUCUAAGUGAAACAGCUCAAGCUUCUGACAGCGGGGGAACUUAACUAAGUUUUGCAAAAUACAGUGACAUUGCCUGGAGUUUGAAAUAGAAGCCACACAAUGUCCUUAAAACCUCGGGUGGUGGACUUUGAUGAAACAUGGAACAAACUUCUUACGACAAUCAAGGCAGUUGUGAUGCUUGAUUAUGUGGAGAGAGCGACUUGGAAUGACCGUUUCUCUGACAUUUAUGCGUUGUGUGUCGCAUACCCGGAGCCACUUGGUGAAAAACUGUACACUGAGACAAAGGUGUUUCUGGAAAAUCAUGUUCGCCACUUGUAUAAGAAAGUGCUAGAAUCUGAGGAGAAAGUGCUGGUGAUGUAUCACCGAUACUGGGAGGAAUACAGCAAGGGGGCUGAUUACAUGGAUUGCUUGUACAGGUACCUGAACACCCAGUUCAUUAAGAAGAACAAGCUAACUGAAGCUGACCUGCAGUAUGGAUAUGGAGGAGUGGAUAUGAAUGAACCACUAAUGGAGAUUGGCGAGCUAGCACUUGACAUGUGGAGGAAACUGAUGAUUGAGCCUCUGCAGACUGUGCUGAUUCGCAUGCUGCUGAAUGAGAUAAAGAAUGAUCGGUGUGGGGAGGACCCGAAUCAAAAAGUAAUCCAUGGGGUUAUCAACUCCUUUGUUCAUGUUGAACAGUACAAGAAAAAGUUCCCUCUAAAGUUUUAUCAGGAAAUCUUCGAAGGGCCGUUUCUGAUGAAAACAGGGGAGUACUACAAACAGGAAGCCUCCAAUCUUCUGCAGGAGUCCAACUGCUCCCAGUAUAUGGAAAAGGUUUUAGGACGGUUGAAAGACGAGGAGGUGCGAUGUCGGAAGUACCUGCACCCUAGCUCCUACGCCAAAGUCAUCCACGAAUGUCAGCAGAGGAUGGUGGCCGACCAUCUGCACUUCCUCCACGGAGAGUGCCAGAACAUCAUUCGACAGGAGAAGAGAGACGACAUGGCUAAUAUGUACACUCUACUGCGGGCCGUCUCCAGUGGCCUGCCUCACAUGAUCCAGGAGCUUCAGGUCCACAUUCAUGACGAAGGGCUUCGCGCCACAAGCAACCUCUCUCAGGAAAAUAUGCCAACCCAGUUUGUGGAGUCUGUGUUGGAGGUUCACAGUAAAUUUGUCCAGUUGAUUAACACGGUGUUGAACGGGGACCAACACUUCAUGAGUGCUCUCGACAAGGCUUUGACUUCAGUAGUGAACUACAGAGAGCCCAAAUCCAUCUGCAAAGCCCCUGAACUGUUGGCCAAGUACUGUGACAAUCUGCUGAAGAAGUCUGCCAAGGGAAUGACAGAGAAUGAGGUGGAGGACAAACUGACCAGCUUCAUCACAGUAUUCAAAUACAUAGACGACAAGGACGUUUUUCAGAAAUUUUAUGCAAGAAUGCUUGCAAAGAGAUUAAUACACGGGCUGUCCUUAUCCAUGGAUUCAGAAGAGGCCAUGAUCAACAAACUCAAGCAAGCAUGCGGGUAUGAAUUCACGAGCAAACUUCACAGAAUGUACACAGACAUGAGUGUCAGCGCCGACCUCAACAACAAAUUUAACAACUUCAUCAAAACCCAGGAGACGGUGGUGGACCUGGGCAUCAGCUUUCAGAUCUAUGUAUUACAGGCGGGUGCAUGGCCCCUCACACAAGUCCCCUCUUCCACGUUCGCCAUCCCCCAGGAGCUGGAGAAGAGUGUACAGAUGUUUGAGUUGUUUUACAAUCAGCACUUCAGUGGGAGGAAGUUAACCUGGCUGCAUUAUCUCUGUACAGGCGAGGUGAAGAUGAACUAUUUGUCCAAGCCCUAUGUCGCCAUGGUGACCACCUAUCAGAUGGCAGUUCUACUGGCCUUCAACAACAGUGAGACAGUCAGCUACAAAGAGCUGCAGGACAGCACACAGAUGAGUGAGAAGGAGCUGCAGAAGACUAUCAAGUCUCUGCUGGAUGUCAAGAUGCUCAACCACGACUUGCAGAAGGAAGAGAUUGAAGCUGAAUCCACGUUUUCACUAAAUAUGAGUUUCACCAGUAAAAGAACAAAGUUUAAGAUCACUACGUCAAUGCAGAAGGACACACCACAGGAGCUGGAACAGACGAGGAGUGCCGUUGAUGAAGACAGGAAAAUGUAUUUACAGGCUGCUAUAGUGAGGAUCAUGAAAGCCAGGAAAGUGCUUAGACACAAUGCUCUCAUACAAGAGGUGAUCAACCAGUCCAAAGCCCGAUUCAACCCUAGUAUCAGUAUGAUCAAGAAAUGCAUCGAGGUUCUGAUCGACAAGCAGUAUAUCGAACGAAGCCAGACCUCUGCGGACGAGUACAGCUACGUUGCAUAAGCGUCAGUUUUUGGCGGAGUACAGAAACUUUUCUUUACAUUGUUUUUUUUUUUUUUUUUUCUGUUUUUUGGACUGUGGCUGGCUCAGGACCGUGCCCCCAGGACAAAGUAGGACUAUACACUUCCACCUUGGAAAAAGGGCCACUCACUGGGUUACUGAGCAGCCACAAAAAACACCACACACACACACACACACACACACCCCUCCAUGUUAAGUCCCGCCCCCUUUUUCUGAUUUUAUGCUGUUUACAACAUCACCAGUGCCACGCCCAGUGCGUCAAAUGAAAUUUAAUUGCCUAUAGUUGUUGAGGCGAAAGCUGAUAAUGAUACAUUUUAGACAACUUAAAAUUGUGACACAGAACCAAGAGCGUGAAUGAGGGAAACAAACAAACAAACAAAAAGCGCCAUCAGAAAAA